GAUGUAUAGCUGUCGUUUGAACGAAGUCGAAACGGUGUCCUCAUCGCUCGGCUAAUCGACUGUAAAGAGAUUCAAGUCAAAAAUGUUUGAAGGAGGAGAAAUGGGAAAGGGUAUCGCAUGAUAUUCGCAUGUCACGUGACGCGGAAUUAGCUUCCUACUCCAAGCAACUAAUCUCCGACUUGGUAUGUCAUAGAAAUAGUAGCUACCAAAUGACUCGCUCAUCACUUGCGUUAUUCAUGACGGAAAGGAUUCGUUUAAAACCGACCCAGCUCCAGUGCGACUUUUCCUGAACUUGAGCAUUCUCACGGAAAACCUUCGAAAAUGUCAGCCUCGUGUAUCCUGCACCUUUUCUUCGGAGCGAGCCCCCUGCUGCCCCUUCUGUUCGGGUCGGCUUGGGGAUCCAACACAAUCAUCCCCCUUGUUAUGUGGCACGGAAUGGGGGACAGCUGUUGUAACCCAAUCAGCAUGGGUUCCAUAAAGAAAAUGGUAGAAGAGGAGGUGCCUGGAAUCUACGUUCGGUCGCUGAUGAUCGGCGAAACCAUUCUGGAGCACAAAGCAAGAUUUCUUGUGUUCUAUUGUCAGGACAUGGAGAACGGAUUCUUCAUGGACGUCAAUAAGCAGGUGGCGUUUGUGUGUAAUCAGCUGUCCCAGGACUCCAAACUGAAAUGGGGUUACAAUGCCAUGGGUUUCUCCCAGGGAGGGCAGUUUCUGAGAGCAGUAGCCCAGCGCUGCCCAUUUCCCCCCAUGAUAAAUCUGAUUACAGUUGGGGGACAGCACCAAGGAGUAUACGGUCUUCCCCGCUGUCCAGGUGAGAGCUCGCAGGCCUGUGACUGGAUCCGUAAGAUGCUCAACUACGGGGCCUACAAGAACAUUGUACAGAAACAUAUUGUGCUGGCACAGUAUUGGCAUGACCCCUUCAACGAGGAGCUGUACAGAACACACAGCCUCUUCCUCGCUGACAUCAACCAAGAGCGGGCUGUGAAUGAGUCCUAUAAGAAGAACCUGAAGUUUCUGAAGAACUUUGUGAUGGUGAAGUUCCUGCGAGAUAGUAUAGUCGACCCAGUGGAUUCAGAGUGGUUUGGUUUUCUGAAGCCAGGUCAAGCAAAAGAAACUGAGACUCUUCAGGAAAGCACUCUGUAUAAAGAGGACCGCCUAGGCCUGGCAGAGAUGGACAAGGCAGGGAAACUGGUGUUCCUGGCUGUAGAUGGAGAUCACCUGCAGUUCAGCAGAGAAUGGUUCAAUGCCAGGCUGGUGCCUUUCCUUCGCUGAAUGCACACAGGGAUGCAAACCAACGCCGGGACAUACUUGGGCAUAAACUCAAUGCAGGGCCGAGGCAUAUUAUACUUGGACAUGCAAGUAGUCCUCAAUAUACUCGAAAUCGCACAUCUGUUAAGCAUCCUUCCAACACGCACAAAGCACGUUUCCACUGCACUCCUGUUUCACUGCUGUAAUCAGUCGUGUUUAACUGAAGAGAAUUUGUCAGCUUCUGAAGAUGGGCGCUCAUCUACUUGAAUCUACUGUAUAUCCACUGUACCUGUGCAUCUCUGUUGUCGCUUUUCUUUAAAAUAAAGUUUUUGGUUUAACUGUCUAGAGAAAUGGAAUGCACUGAAGACCUUAAAUUAUUUUAUUUUAGUUUUAUGAAGAAAAUAAUCAUUAA